GUCCCACUCUUGCAUUCUGAGAAACAAACUCAUCUCUUUGCUUUUGGCAGUGCCACCUAAGUAAGUUAUUAUACACUCACACUUCCCUUUGAUCAUGGCAGAGGAGCCCCAGAACAAGUAUGAGACCUCUCAGCCCAGUGAGGUUGAGGUCAACGAUCGUGGUGUUUUUGACUUUCUCGGUAAGAAAAAGGAAGAAGACAAGCCUCAGGAGGAGGUCAUCGUGACCGAGUUUGAGAACAAGGUGACAGUGUCAGGGGAAGCUGACAAGAAACAAGAGGAGGGAGAGAAGAAACCCAGCCUCUUAGAGAAGCUUCACCGAUCUGACAGCAGCUCUAGCUCUUCAAGUGAGGAGGAAGGAGAAGAUGGAGAGAAAAAGAAGAAAAAGAAGAAGGAAAAGAAAGGGUUGAAGGAGAAGAUUGAGGAGAAAAUAGGGGGUGAUCAUCACAAGGAGGAGGACACAAGUGUUCCAGUUGAGAAAGUUGAGGUUGUUGAUGCCCCACACCCUGAGGAAAAGAAGGGAUUCCUCGAGAAGAUUAAGGAAAAGCUACCAGGACAGAAGAAAGAGGAAGCAACACCUCCUCCACCUGUUGCUGCAUCAUCAGAUCAUGGUGAGGGUGCUCAUCAUCAUGAAGGAGAGGCAAAGGAGAAGAAAGGUAUCUUAGAGAAGAUAAAGGAGAAGCUUCCAGGCUAUCACCCCAAGACAGAGGAAGAAAAGGAAAAGGAAAAGGAGAGUGGUGCUCACUGAGAUUGAGACAAAGCCUUUUUUGUUGGUUGGACUUGGAGAUGAUUGUGGUGUGCUUUGUUUUCAUUUCAAUAUGACAGUGUUGUGGGUGGGUUUCUUUGUGUUUCUUGAUGCAUAUUUUAAUUAUUAUUGUGUAUGGAGUAUCUCUUUGAAUAUACAAAAAAGUUUCUGUAGGGUUCCUAUUCUUUUAUCUUUUCCAUAAUUUUGUUUGAAGAAAAAAAAAGUGUUGAAAGAAAAUGAAUGGAAUAAUGUAUUUUAUUUGUGUUUUA